GGGGAGAUAGAAAAAAAGGAAGAAAAGAAAGAGAAUAGAAUAGAAGGGAAGAAAAAGGAAAGUUAAAUAUCUUUUGCCAAGUUGGUUAACAAGUUAAUUAGCGUUAAGUAAUAUCAAAGAGCAAUAGAUCACCGAUGUUGAAAUUAUCUCGACGAAUAAUUUAAGAAAAAAAAAAAAAAAAGAAAGAAAAAAAAAGAAAAGAAAAAACAAACAUACAAAUAAACAAACAAACAAACAAGCAAGCAAGCAGAAAGAAGAAGAAAAAUUGUAGCAACGAGACGCAUGAAAAAUAUGUUACGUUGGCACGUGAAUAAUAAUCAAUAUCAAAGCAAAUAAAUGGAGAAUAAUAAUAAUAAUAGUAAUAAUAAUAAUAAUAAUAAUAAUAAUAAUAAAAAGAAAAAAGAAGAAAAAGAAAAGAGAGGAGAUCGUUCUUGUUUGUAUCAAAACCAAUUGAUCGGUCGUGCUUACCUUCCUUUCGUUAUAAUCGAAAUGAAAUUCUAUUCUGUUGUGAAAAGAAGAUAGUAUUGGGACGAUGACAAAAGACUUUUUCUUAAUCGAAAGAACGAAAGUCGAUCAUUCGUAACAACGAACAUAAGUCGGAAUAAGUCCACCGUGCGUGACGCAAGUUAUCGAAACUACGAUGUCGCCUUUUUCGCUUCGGUAACAUUCCCGAAAAAGAGUUUGAAACGUUUCUUAGAUCUUUCUUUUCCUCUCUUUCUUUCUUUCUUUCUUUCUUUCAUUUCUCGUUCCCUCCUCCCGCCCACAAUCCGCCCCACCCCAAUCCCAAAAUCCAUUAAUCUUAGAUUGGUUAAUUUACGCUCGAGCGAACAACGUGACGAAUAUUUAUUUUUUCUUUUUUGUUCUAUCUUGAAUAAUUGUGUUUUGUAAUGUAACUAAAGAAAGAGAGAGAGAGAGAGAGAGAAGCAAGGGUGGGGGGUGUUCAAUCAAAGUCCAAGACGCAGAUCCAAAAAGGAAUGGAUCUUAUGAAAACUUCAAAACUAGAUCUAUAAAAGGCAAAGGAACUAUCUUAACGAGCGUCAUUCUCAUAUCGAACGAUCAACGGUGUAACAAUAAGUUUUACUUAUCAAGUUAAAUCCAUUAUUUAAAAACCAAACGGAGGAUAUUCGAAUAAUUACGAUGGCUUUCAAAUUAUUCGCCGUCACUGUAAUCCUAUCGUCAGUAAUCCUGAGGACAGUGAAAUCCAAUGGUCAUCAUGCACAUUCCUUUCAACAUUUUCACGGUCCAGUCAUCGGUGAAAAUCAAGAAGUGACGUGGAAGGAUAAACAUGGCCAUAUUCAUCAUGAUUACGUUGCCCAUCCACACUAUGAAUUUUCUUAUGGCGUCGAGGAUCAUCAUACCGGUGAUUAUCAUGGACAAAAGGAACAUCGAGAUGGGACGAUAGGAAUUGGAAACGAAACAAGAAAGAAAAAAAAGAAAACAAGAAACAAGACAAGAAUAAAUAAAAUUAAGAAUAAGAGUGCAAUGAAAAUUGUAAAAGGAAGAAGAAGAAGAAGAAGAAGAAAGAGAAGGGGAAAGAGAUGAAGAAAGGGGAGGAAGGGAUUUUUGUUUGUUACGUGAAUGUUCAACAAAAGCAAGGACACCAUCAUUCUGUUUAUUUUCUCACCGUUACCAUCAGCGCGUCUACUAUAAUAUUCACCUUUUCGAACGAUCGAUGAGAUACUUAAGUGCCCUCGUUUUCUGCCACUCUGCAAAAACAUCAAAGGUACCAGGAAGCUUUUGUGUUAGUAGAUAUAUAUAUAUAUAUGCGUGUGCGUGUACACGCCCAUGUAUCUAUGUACACAUGUAUCUGGUCUAUGUGUUUGAAGUGACGUUGAAAAGACUUUGUCACGAUAAAACGAAACCAUUACUGAUCUCAAAGACCUGAGAGAGACUAUCGAAAUUUACCACGAGUCUAUUAGCUCAUCUCUCUCUCUCUCUCUCUCUCUCUCUCUAUCUAUCUAUUUUUCUAUCUUUGUCUCUCUUACUCUCACUCAUAAUACACUACAUAACUUAUUACUUAAUUACAAUGUCUAUGAAAACAAUUAACCAA